GUGAUGCAAUUACAUCACCUGAUUGAUGCCUAUCACACUCGCUAAAAACUGUCAUUUGGAGUCAAUAAUUCAAUUUGCACAUGUCGUCGAUAGGUUUUUAAUAAUAUGAGACUGCACAGAUCUUAAAACACAAUCCAUAGCAUGCGCCGAACUCUACGCCCACGCCCUGGAAAGGGCAUUGAACGUAUGGGUGAUCAAACAAUAGUAUCUGUUUGUCUCAUUGAAGGAAAUACAUGGGUUUUGAGAUAAGUCUCUAACAUUUUGAAACACUUGUUCAUAUUAGCAAAACAAAAUGCACGUGGUUACAGUUUUUCAAAUCGUUAUGGUUUGCUUCGGUAUCGUCGGAAAUGUGCUUUCAAUGGCUGUUUGGUCGCGAAAAAGUAUGCGAUCUUCGACGGGUAUUUAUUUCUUUGGGCAUAGUUUUGUGAACAUCGGAUUUCUUUCUUCGUUCUUCAUUACGCAUGGGAUUGCGGACCUACUACCUAACGUCGCGUUGGCGUCACCGUACGGCGCGUUCUUCGCUUACGCUGGGUUUCCGAUGUGUCACAUAUUCGCGGUGUGCAGCAUCUGGUUCACCGUCGGCGUCAACGUGGACCGUUACAUGCAGGUGUGCUGGAUCAACAAGGCUAAGAAAUGGUGCAGUCUUACCAAGUCGCUCGCUCAUAUUGGGAAAAUAGCGGCUUUCGGCGUCGUCGUCAAUGUUCCACACUUUCUGAUGUACGAGAUCUCGCCCGUCGAAGAACGUAACGCCACUGACGUCGCGUACCGCCUGACGUCAUUCGGGGAGUCGGGGUUAGCAGAGGCAUACGACCUGUGGCUGCAUUGUCUCGCUCUUGUUGUCAUUCCUUGGAUUCUUAUCUUCACACUUAACAUUCUCAUUAUCUUACGGGUCAAAGACGUUGGUAAGAAAGUUUUCCACAACGCGAUGUUGCACGUGCGAGAAAAGACGAGAAGGUUCGAAAAUCAAUUGACAGGGACACUGAUUUUCGUCAGCUUUACAUUCCUGAUAUUGACGUUACUGCAGUGUGCCUCACAGUGUGUCUACAUGAUGGACAAGAGAAAACAUGUCGUAUACGCGGAAUUGUUCUCCUUCGCCCAACUCGGCCUUGUACUUUACACGUCCGUCAACUUCUUCCUGUACUGCUUGAGUAGCAAGCGCUUUCGGGUAGAGUUACAAGAUCUUCUCUGCUUGCGUUGCUGUUGUAAAAACUCUUCCAUUGUGGAGACCUUCGACGAUGUACCCACCGAGCCCGAGAUAGAUUCAGCACCGGCUUCGACGGCUCCCGAAGUAGGUGCAGACGCAGACCAAUCGUCUUCCGAGUCGGGUGUGUUCCCUUAACGAAUACGAACCGUAGUAAAAUGUGUGGGGGGUUUUAAAUUCAGGGAUAUUAUGUUGGUGGUGUGUAGCCUACAACUGUGGCGUCAAUCGCUGAUUUAAAUGUUUAUUUAAAAAAUGUGUUGAGAUGCCAAUUUAUUUAAAGACAGUAUUAACACAUUUUGGACAUUUUAGUAUUUUCAGAUACCAGAUUUAUAUGUUAAUCAAAUAAGCACAGAAAAUCAUCAUUUGUGCUUGUAAAUUCUAUUCGUUCAUUUCGGUCUUUUCGUUCAUAUCCGAGGGCAAAGCCAUGAGUGCUUUGCACCGUUAACAGUUUUAAUUAUUGUAUAUUGAUUGUAAGUGUUGUUUUAUUAAACGUAAUAAAUCAAAACAAUAAUUUCUCUGCUGAUUGAGCUUCAGUGGUUUAUUGUUUGCCACAAUAUAUGAUGUUACGACGGACUGCGUG